AUGGCUUCGAACGCCCGAUACGAGCCCGCCCCGCAGCGGGACUCUUUUGAGGACCAGCAUCAGAACUACACCCAAGCGCCGCCGUCUUACCAGGCUACAGCCGAACCCUCGCAGCCACGUUCCGAGAACGAUAACCUGCCCGAUGACUUUAAGUUCGGUGGUACCGUGGCUGAGGGAACGAUUGAUAUUCGCAUGCAGUUCGUCCGCAAGGUGUACUCCAUUCUCACCGCUCAAAUCCUCCUUACAACAAUCCUCAGCUCUAUCUCUUUCUUCAACCAGUCCUACCGCACAUGGAUCCAAUCCAACUUCUGGCUUAUGAUAAUCUCCAUCUUCGGUGCCCUCGGUUUCAUGCUCGCAACCUUCUGGAAGCGCAAGUCCUACCCAUCGAACCUUCUCUUCCUAUCCGCUUUCACAGUCACAGAGGCCUACUCCAUCAGCGUCGUGACAUCUUUCUACGAUGCCCGAGUUGUCGUCCAGGCCCUCGUCCUGACUCUCGGCAUCUUCGUCGCGUUGACCCUUUUCGCCUGCCAAACAAAGUAUGAUUUCGCGCACUGGAUGCCAUACCUGUUCGGUGCACUCUGGUUCCUAAUUCUCUUCGGCUUCGUCGCGAUGUUCCUGCCCUUCAGCAGUGCUACCGAGACAGUCUACGGUGUGCUUGGCGCUUUGAUCUUCUCUGGGUAUAUCCUUGUUGAUACGCAGAUGAUCAUGCGUCACUACCACGUCGAAGAGGAGAUCGCGGCCUCCAUUUCGUUGUACUUGGAUGUGCUGAACCUUUUCUUGUCCAUUCUGCGUAUCUUGAAUGGCCAGCAUAACAACUAG